CAUAAAAUGGGAAACAAAUUAGUAGCAGUUAACAUUUUGUCUCGAAUUCUUCAAGCUUUCUACAAGAUGAGCGGUUUCAGUGUUUUUGGUUCUUUCUUUGUCUUCUGGGUUGCCUUUGCUUCUGCGGGUGUAAUCUCUAGUCGAAAUUAUGUGUCCAGGGAAAAUUUCCGAAAAUUGGCGUUGGCGAACAACGAGUUGGCUUUCAACCUGCAUCGAAAACUCGCAUCUGGCACUUCAGGAAAUGUAUUUUUCUCGCCAUUCAGCGUCGCCACAGUUUUCGGCAUGCUUUAUUAUGGAGCCAGAGGAGAGACAGCUGAGGAACUGAGAGAGGCCCUGGGUUACGAGAGAGCGGAUUUACCAGAUGAACUUAUCCACAGUACUUUCAAUCAUUUCCUGAGGUCCAUUUUACACAAUAGAUAUUUAUCAGAGAAAUUCGUUUUCAACACCGCUAAUGCCGUACUUGUCGAUGAACGAUUUGAAAUAUUUGAGGAGUACAGACGCAACAUCCGGGAGUUGUAUGGAGCAGUCAUGCGAAAUGUGAAAUUCUCUAGGGAAGCUCCCAGGAUCGUGGAAGAAAUCAACGAUUAUGUCAGGGAGAAGACGAAUGGGAAGAUCGAUAGGGUUUUCGAUGAGUUGAGUCCUUCCAAUGUUUUCGUCUUAUUGAACGCUGUGUACUUCAAAGCAGCUUUUAAUACUCUUUUCAAGCAAGAAAGAACAAGAUAUGAAGUCUUUUAUAACUAUGGAUUGGAAUCAGAAGCAAGGAGAGUGCCUAUGAUGCACGUUACAUCUUACUUACCCUAUGCUGCUUUCGAUGAAUUUCAAGUCCUGGAGUUGCCUUACACGAGAGAAAAUGUCAGUAUGCUCAUCUUCCUGCCGAAUGAAAGAGAUGGAAUCCAUGAUUUAGAAGAGAAUUUUACUCGUGAAAGACUAGCUAACGUCCAGCGACGGCUGUACAGAACUACGGUAGAUGUCUCGCUGCCAAAAUUCAAGCUUCAGUUUGAGAAAGAACUUUCUCCAGAACUGGAAGCUCUUGGCGCCUAUCGGAUCUUUAGGACUGGAGCUGACUUCUCAGGAAUAACCCGCAGCAGGAAUAUUUCCGUAAGCGAAGUCUUUCACAAAGCAGUCAUCGAGGUGAAUGAAGAAGGAAGCGAAAAAGAUGCAGUGGCAGAGAUCGUUGCAGAUAAAACAAGUCUGAUUACUGAAAAAUCAAGAUUCAGAGCAGACCAUCCUUUCCUGUUCGCUAUUGUUGAAAAAAGUAGCAACUCGAUCUUGUUCUUGGGUCGUGUAAAUAGUCUGUAGAAGCUUUCAGAAUUUAUAAUUAUACAAAUUGUCCAAAAGAUAGGAGGUCAUUACUUUUAAGAUAAUUCUUUUGG